AUGAACAUCGUGGUGGAGUUCUUCGUGGUCACUUUCAAAGUGCUCUGGGCGUUCGUGCUGGCCGCAGCGCGCUGGCUGGUGCGGCCCAAGGAGAAGAGUGUGGCAGGCCAGGUGUGCCUGAUCACCGGCGCCGGCAGCGGCCUGGGCCGCCUCUUUGCCCUAGAGUUUGCCCGGCGCCGGGCGCUACUGGUGCUCUGGGACAUCAACACUCAGAGCAACGAGGAGACCGCGGGCAUGGUGCGCCACAUCUACCGAGACCUGGAGGCGGCGGACGCUGCAGCGCUGCAAGCUGGGAAUGGUGAGGAAGAAAUUCUGCCCCACUGUAACCUGCAGGUUUUUACCUACACCUGUGAUGUGGGAAAGAGGGAGAAUGUCUACCUGACGGCCGAAAGGGUCCGCAAGGAGGUUGGUGAGGUCUCAGUCCUGGUCAAUAAUGCCGGUGUGGUCUCUGGGCAUCACCUCCUGGAAUGUCCUGAUGAGCUCAUUGAGAGAACCAUGAUGGUCAAUUGCCACGCACACUUCUGGACCACGAAGGCUUUUCUUCCUACCAUGCUGGAGAUUAAUCACGGUCAUAUUGUGACAGUUGCAAGUUCCUUGGGAUUGUUCAGUACUGCUGGAGUCGAGGAUUACUGUGCCAGUAAAUUUGGAGUCGUGGGUUUCCAUGAAUCCCUGAGCCAUGAGUUAAAGGCUGCUGAAAAGGAUGGAAUUAAAACAACGUUGGUUUGCCCUUACCUGGUAGACACAGGCAUGUUCAGAGGCUGCCGGAUCAGGAAAGAAAUUGAGCCUUUUCUGCCCCCUCUGAAGCCCGAUUACUGUGUACAGCAAGCCAUGAGGGCCAUCCUCACUGACCAGCCCAUGAUCUGUACCCCGCGCCUCAUGUACAUCGUGACUUUCAUGAAGAGCAUCCUCCCUUUUGAAGCAGUUGUGUGCAUGUAUCGGUUCCUAGGAGCGGACAAGUGUAUGUACCCUUUUAUUGCUCAAAGAAAACAAGCCACAAACAAUAAUGAAGCAAAAAAUGGAAUCUAAGAAUCUUUUUUGUGUGGAACAUCAUUUCUCUCAGAAGACGAUCAGGAUGUUUCAGUUCAGUGCACAUCAGCAUUACUGACAUUCUCUGGAUUCUAAAUCCAUGUUGACUUUUUUAAAUCAACUUUUUUAAAUAAAUAAAAUAAAAUAAAAUAAAAUAAAAUAAAGUGUAAAUUAACCAACUAGAGUACUUGGAAAACAUGAUCAGCAAAAGUGAGGUCAGGUUGUUGCCAGCAGGGUCCUUUUUAGGCAGAACCCUAAAACCAGACUUUUCUUUUAGACAAGCAAUGUGUGCUGUCUCCAGGCGACCAUUACUUUUUUUAAUGAGUAGAAAGCCUAGAGAUGAUAACUACAGUGUGUUUCACAUGUGCGGCUUUUCUUAAUUCCCAUAGAAUUGAUUAAUUCUUGUCAUUAAACUCUAGCUAGUUGACACCCUUGCUACUUCAAGGACUGAUAGUGCUAUGUUUUCUCAUGUUUUCUGUUUCAGUUUUGCAAAAUCUCUGUGGUUCUUUCAUGGUGUUUAUGUGUGUAGCUCUUUUGAAAUGGAAUUUUGAAAUCUCCAUCAGUUUGAAUUAAAUGAUGUUUGAUUGUUAGAGUAAGAUGAUCAGGUCUCUUUCAUAAAGUCAUAGUGACUAAGGUGUUAGCCAAUUAUUUAAAAUUUGCCUCUGAAAUCUUUCCUUGAGUAUCAGUUAUUCUGGAGACCUAGUUAUCCAAAAAAAGAUCAUGUAUUUUCUACCUAUGAAUUUUGCUGCGUACAGAAAGUGCCCUUUCCUUGGGAAAUUGCUGUAUAAUUUCCUUGGGUGGACUUUUAUCUAGGAUUCAUAGCAGCUCUGCAAAGAAAGCAUUUUUAAAAGUGGGAACUUCUAAACUUAAAAAAAUCCUCAUUUUUGUGCCAACUAUGAUUAGUGAGGGGAGAAAAUCUUAUACCAUGGAGUACAUAUGGAAGGGUGUAAAGAUUCUUUUGAAAGUUUAUUCACCUUGUACAACAGCAAAUGACAUUUUUACAGUAUUUUUUUGUAAAGCAAACUAUUUGGUGCCUUGAAUUUGGUAAAUGUGUAUUAGUGAAAUGUAAAAGUGAACUUCUACCUCUGUAUCUAAAUGUAUACCAUCCACUUGUAAAUGACUAUAAACUAUUAUGUGAUUGCUUUUUUUUAGAAUGUCUUGUUAAAUAGUGACCAAUGUUUAAGGCUAUUAAAAUAAGCCAUCUUUUACUAAUUAAUUGGAAAGUUUUAUAAAAGACUGAUUAAAUUUAAAGAAUUAACUUA